GUUCUCUUCGGGAGAAGAGGAAGAGAGGGAGAUGGGAGACGAGAGGGUGAAGAACCAGGCGCUGGAGAUCCUUGGCCUCUUCCAGGCUAUCCCUCGCUUGGUCGUCUUUGAUCUGGAUUACACCCUCUGGCCUUUCUACUGUGAAUGCCGAUCCAAAAGAGAAACACCAUCUCCAUAUCCUCAUGCUAAGGGAAUCUUAUAUGCUCUCAAGGAGAAAGGAGUUGAUGUAGCAAUUGCGUCGCGUUCUCCAACUCCUGACAUUGCAAAAGCUUUUCUUGAUAAAUUGGAAAUCAAAUCGUUAUUUGUGGCUCAGGAAAUAUUCUCCAGCUGGUCUCAUAAGACUGAGCACUUUCAAAGAAUCUUUCGGAGGACGGGUGUACCUUUCAAGUCGAUGCUCUUCUUUGAUGAUGAAUACAGGAACAUUGAAGCGGUAUCUAAUAUGGGAGUAACAAGCAUUUUGGUGGAUAAUGGUGUGAACCUCGAAAAAUUUAGAUUGGGGCUUAAGAAUUUCGAGAAAAAUUCUUCCGAUCAAAAGUGAAAUCAGAAAGAUGGUUUAUUCACAGCUGCUACCUUUGUUUCUUUCAUUCUGAAAUCAUUGGGAUAGAUGGGAAUGUGUCCCACCUAAUCAUUGAAAGUUUCCUUCACAGAUUAAUACUUCUUCAUAUUCAAAGCACCGUCACUGUGACUUUUGCCUUCAUACUGCUUCUGUCUGUGUUUUGCUUUGCUAAAUGGUAACAUAGUAAUGUUGCGGUAUAUUUGUUGACAUACCCUUUUCUGUUAAGCUGUCUUCUAUGAACUGCUCUAGGAAUGUAAAAUUUUUAAUAGAUGAUCUACUUGAAGUUUUUUAGACA